CCUUCUUUUAGGUCGAGCUUAUUAUCCGCCGUUAUUAGGAGUUGCGGUGCUGUUAAUAAACAUAAGCUUCACCGUUUACAGCAGCUAUGUCGAGUCUUCAGCGCUCUGAGCCAUUUUCAUAACUUUUUGCCACUGUUUUAAACUAUAUAAAAAAAAAGUUUCUGUGCCGAAGGAGAACUGAAAAGGAUCGAUAUAAGCUUUAAAAAAAAAGAUCUAGCUAUGGAGCAAUCUCAGUGGUGGAGACAUGUAGUGUUCCUCUUUCUUGGCAUUUGGGUUCCAUCAUUCUUUGCUCAGACAGCAACCACUGUGCGCCCAAGUCCCACUCCAACAGUCAAGGCACCUGGGUAUCUAAAGUUCCGACUGGCUGGUCAUCCUCGAAAGCACAAUGAGGGUCGGAUUGAGGUUUUCUAUAAGGGUGAAUGGGGGACCAUCUGUGAUGAUGACUUCUCACUGGCCAAUGCUCACGUGCUCUGUCGCCACCUCGGGUUUGUGUCUGCUACAGGCUGGGCACAUAGCGCCAAAUACGGAAAGGGCGCAGGUAAGAUCUGGUUAGAUAAUGUACAGUGCAGCGGCAGUGAGAGGAGUAUAUCAGUCUGUAAGUCACGUGGAUGGGGCAACAGUGACUGUACUCAUGAUGAAGAUGCCGGGGUGAUCUGUAAGGAUGAAAGGCUGCCAGGAUUUGUUGACUCCAACAUCAUAGAGGUGCAGGUGGAUGAAAGAAAUGUAGAGGAGGUGCGUCUCCGGCCGGUAGUGUCCAGCAAGCGGCUGCCAGUGAUAGAGGGAGUGGUGGAAGUGAGAUACAAAGACAGAUGGGCCCAGAUCUGUGAUAAUGGCUGGACACCUAAAAACUCGAGAGUUGUCUGUGGAAUGAUGGGUUUCCCCAAUGAGAGGAAGGUGAACAAGAACUUCUACAAGAAUCUCAGAAAGAGAUCCACUGAACCAAAAGUCAAAAAUAGAGUAAAAGCAGACAGGCAAGAAGACAAAGCUAAAAAAGCUAGCUCUAAGUCUAAACCUGGAAACUCGGGCACAGGCAAAAGACUGUAUGCGGAACGUCAGAAGAAUUACUUCCUGGUUCACUCUGUGGCAUGUUUAGGCACAGAGGUUCAUCUAGCUGCCUGUCCUUUAGAGUUCACUGAAGCCAAUGCAACUGAAAGCUGCCCAGGUGGCAUGCCUGCUGUUGUCAGCUGUGUGCCUGGACCGGAGUAUGCCCAAAACCGUGCCAUGAAGAAAAACUUCAAAUCCUUGAGCACAGUGCGUUUGAAAGGUGGAGCAAAGCCCGGAGAAGGUCGUGUGGAAGUUCUGAAGGGCAGUGAAUGGGGAACGGUGUGUGAUGAUCGCUGGAACAUUCAGUCUGCCAGUGUGGUGUGCCGAGAACUGGGCUAUGGCUCUGCUAAGGAGGCCCUUACUGGAGCUCGCAUGGGACAAGGCUUUGGUCCGAUCUACAUGAACGAGGUCCAGUGCACAGGACAUGAGCGUUCUUUGUGGAACUGUCGCUAUAAGAACAUUACUGCUGAAGAUUGCAAGCACACAGAGGACGCUGCAGUUCGCUGUAACGUGCCAUACAUGGGAUUUGAGAAAACGGUGCGUAUCACAGGCGGUCGUACACGCUACGAGGGCCGGGUGGAAGUGUUGCGCACCAGCACUAAUGGAACGCAGCAUUGGGGUCUGAUCUGUGGAGAAGGCUGGGGUACCAAAGAGGCCAUGGUGGUGUGCAGACAGCUGGGCCUUGGAUACUCCAACCACGGCAUGAAAGAAACAUGGUACUGGGAUGGCAGUAACGUGACUAACAUGGUGAUGAGCGGUGUGAAGUGUACAGGAGAUGAACUAGCCCUUAGCCAAUGCCAGCAACACAGAACCCUCACCUGCCAGAAAACAGCUGCACGGUUUGCCGCAGGGGUUAUCUGCUCAGAGACUGCGUCUGAUCUCAUUAUGAACGCACCUCUGGUGCAGCAGACAGGAUAUAUCGAGGACCGUCCGCUGCACAUGCUUUACUGCGCUGCAGAGGAGGACUGUCUGUCUGAAAGUGCUGCGAAAGUGAACUGGCCCUACGGCCACCGCCGUCUGCUUCGCUUCACCUCACAGAUCCACAACAUCGGUCGGGCUGACUUCAGGCCUAAAGCUGGACGCCACUCCUGGGUCUGGCAUGCAUGCCAUGGGCAUUAUCAUAGUAUGGAUAUCUUUACACACUAUGAUUUGCUGAGUGUCAAUGGCACCAAGGUGGCAGAGGGGCACAAAGCAAGCUUCUGUUUAGAGGACAGUGACUGUGAAGAGGGUGUUUCCAAACGUUAUGAAUGUGCUAAUUUUGGAGAGCAGGGCAUCACAGUAGGGUGCUGGGAUCUGUACAGGCAUGACAUCGACUGUCAGUGGAUCGACAUCACUGAUGUCAAACCAGGAAAUUACAUCAUGCAGAUUGUGAUAAAUCCAAAUUUCGAGGUGUCUGAAAGUGACUACACAAAUAAUGUCAUGAAAUGUAACUGCAAAUAUGAUGGCAACAGGAUCUGGUUUCACAACUGUCAUACUGGUGAUGCUUUCAGUGAAGAGGCAGAGAGGAAGUUUGAGAAAUACCCAGGACAGAUCAAUAACGAAAUCUCCUAAUCCCUAUCAACAAAUCUCAUAUAUUUUACUUUUAAAUUUAGACUGGGUUAUAUACAGUACUUAAUUCACUCUUUUCAUGUACACACUUAAGGAACAGCCAAUGUCUGUCACAGGGAAUGCAAAGUUCCAGCAGUCACACUAAUGGCCUCACCUUACUGAGAGUAACAAAGGUUUGAAUCCUGAGCUUGUUAAAUAGUGUGCUAUUUAAAAGAAACACUCAAACAAAAAAAACAAUAUAACUUAGUUAUUAUAUACGUACCUUGUUUUAGGUAACAAUAUGGGCAUUAAGCUUUAAGAUAUAAUAAUUUCAGCAUAACAUAAUAUAAUGAUUGAGUGUGUACUAUCUGAUUUUAUUUACCCCACAGGCAUAGUUUGUGUUUAUGGUGCUAUUCAAUGACUGCUAAAAAAAAAAAAAAAAAAAGGCAUCAGGUAUUGCACACAAAAAAAUGCAUCUGUGACAGUUGUCUUCUACUUGAAAAAAAUGUACCGUCAUCAAAGGAACAACUCAGCUAAGAAAAAGUAGUUUUAAAAAAAUGCCAUAUUCUCCUGAGGCAGACCAAUUUCAGUGUUUAAAUUCAUUUACAUUGUGUACUUUUCUGCAGGUACUGUAAAAUUAUUUUACUUAUUCAUGAUUUUUUUAAAAAACUUAUUUAUAUGUAUAACUACACAAACCACACAAGAUUGUUUUUUAAACUUUUAAUUAUACACACUUAAAUAAAUUACCUAUUAAUUUAUAAAA